CGAAGACCAUUUCGUGCUGCGGGAAGAAAGUCAGAUACCCAGUGCCAGAGGGGAAGAGAGGGAGGGGGAGGGAGAGGAGUCGUGCUCAAGACGACAAUAGAGGGCGGAAUUCCGGUCUCUUUUCCCUUCUUUCUCGUUGUAGCGGGAAUCGAUGGAGGGAAGGAGGAAGCGAUCGGGUCCCCUCUUCGCCCUCCUUCUCUCGCUAGGGCUUCUCUCGAACCUCCUACUGCAGGCCUCGGCUCUGUCCGUCACCGUCAACGACGUCGAGUGCCUCUACGAGUACGUCCUCUACGAGGGCGAUAACAUUUCCGGCAACUUCGUCGUUGUGGAUCACGAUAUCUUUUGGAGUUCCGAUCACCCCGGCAUCGAUUUCACCGUGACAUCCCCAGGAGGAAAUGUGAUUCACACCGAGAAGGGGACGUCUGGGAAUAAGUUCCAACUGAAGGCUCCAAGAAGUGGAAUGUACAAGUUCUGCUUCCACAAUCCUUAUUCAACACCUGAAACGGUGUCGUUUCACAUACAUAUUGGUCACAUCCCUAAUGAGCAUGACCUUGCAAAAGACGAGCAUUUUGACCCUGUAAAUGUGAAGAUAGCUGAGCUUAGAGAAGCAUUGGAAUCUGUGACAGCAGAACAGAAGUAUCUGAAAGCGCGAGAUUCUCGCCAUCGUCACACAAAUGAGAGCACCAGGAGGAGGCUUUUUGCUUAUACCAUUGCAGAGUACUUGGCUUUAGUAUCUGCGAGCGUUCUUCAGGUCUUUUACAUCCGCCGCCUGUUUAGCAAGACCGUGGCGUACAACAGAGUUUAGAUGCCGGACCAUAGUUUACUUCGCAGGGAUGUCUUGUCAGUUUUAAGUUUGUACUGUAGCAUAUCUUCCAACUGAAUUACGAACCUGUUGAAUACUGGAUAUGCUUCACUUGGAAUCUUGACACUGUAGCAGUUGACACCUUUUUCUCCAUUACUAAAAUUUGGACUUUUUUUUUCCCUUGUUGCGUUCCUGCCAAGACUGAAUACCAUGUACCGCUUGUAUCGGAAUUCGAGUAUUUCAAGUGUCAUAGGGUGUCAUCUCUUGAGAUGAUUCUUUGUUGUCUACAGAUACAAUGAGAAAUUGGGAAUGUUUAGACGGCUUGUACCUUCCCCAUC